ACCUCAAACUCCUCGCAAAGUCCCGGGCAAAGAUGCCACGCCCUCUGCUCGUCUCUCCUCCUCCACCUUCCCUGACCAAUUCCAAGCACAGACGUAAACCAAAGAAGCAAAAACCCGAUUCUUUCCCGUUCUUUGUUUCCUCUUUUGGGAGUUCAGUUCGGACCCGCGAUUGCUCGCGCCUGUUCUUGAAGUGAAGUAAAGCAGAGCAUCCAUGGCAAGAUGUUCGCUCGGAGCCGAUAACCUCUGCUUCGGGCCUCGCUGCCCGAGCACCCGAAGCUCCAUCUUGCCCGGUUCGUUCAGAGCCCGGCGGCUGAGUCGCUUCGCGUCGAAGAACUAUGCUAGGGUUAGAGUCUUUUCCAGCAUCAAGGAGAUACAGGACGUGAAGGAGAGCGAGAGGUCCAGUGGGGUCGUCCGGGUCGAUGAAUUGGACAAGACUAAGCUGGUUUCUGGUUUUAGUGGCACGUUGGGAGAUGAAAGGGAGGAAGGAGCAGUGGGUUUUGAUUGGAGAUGGCCUCCGUGGAAGAAUUUGCCGCAGAGAUAUACGCUCAUUGGCACUACUUCUCUCGCUUUCGUCAUUUGUAACAUGGAUAAGGUGAACUUGAGUAUUGCUAUAAUUCCGAUGUCUCACCAGUUCGGGUGGAAUUCUUCAAUGGCUGGGUUGGUGCAGUCAUCAUUCUUUUGGGGGUACGCAUUGAGCCAGUUGCCUGGAGGUUGGCUUGCGAAGAUAUUUGGUGGGCGUAAAGUUCUUGAGAUUGGGGUAUUGGCUUGGUCAUUGUCAACAGCACUUGUUCCUGUUUUUGCAGGAUUCAUGCCUGGAUUAGUCUUAUCUAGAAUUUUGGUCGGAAUUGGCGAAGGUGUUUCCCCAUCUGCAGCGACUGAUCUCAUUGCCAGGACAAUACCAUUGGAAGAACGCUCUCGAGCAGUAGCAUUUGUUUUUGGUGGUCUAAGUGUUGGCAGUGUUACAGGGCUUCUUUUGGCUCCUCCCCUGAUCCAAAACUUUGGUUGGGAAUCCGUUUUCUACAUUUUUGGUCUUUUGGGGAUAGGUUGGUUUACAGGUUUUCAGCUAAUUAAAGAAGAGAGAGAAGGUUCAACUGCUUCCAGAUCAGUAUCACGGUCAGAGGAUAUCUCUACAGAUAAUUCAAUGACAACUUCUCUAAGUAAUUUGGCCGGGACUUUGAAGGAUGUGCCCUGGAAGGCAUUUUUUGAGAAUCAAGCAGUUCGGGCAAUGAUAUAUGUUCAUUUUUGUGGAAGUUGGGGACACUAUACCUGCCUCUCUUGGCUUCCGACAUAUUUUAGUGAGGAGCUGAACCUAAAUUUGACAGAAGCUGCAUGGGUCUCAAUUCUUCCUCCACUGGCUUCCGUUUUCGUGACUGGUGUUGCAUCACAAUUUGCAGACAAUUUAAUUGCCAAUGGAGUGGAAACAACUAAGGUGCGAAAGAUUUGCCAAACAAUUGCCUUUUUAUCUCCAGCAGUUUGUAUGACCCUUUCAUCAAUAGAUCUAGGAUUGGCACCUUGGGAAGUUGUAGGAAUUCUCACCGGAGGAUUAGCACUCUCAAGUUUUGCCUUGUCAGGUCUUUAUUGUACACAUCAAGAUAUGUCGCCGGAAUACGCAAGUAUACUCUUGGGUAUAACAAAUACUGUUGGGGCCAUACCGGGCAUCGUAGGGGUUGCCCUCACUGGUUACCUACUUGAUUUAACUCACUCGUGGAGCAUGUCAUUAUUUGCUCCAUCAAUCUUCUUUUACUUGACCGGCACUGUUGUCUGGUUGGCUUUCGCAAGCAGUAAGCCGCAGAACUUUUCCUAGAGAGAUUGA